AUGAAAUAGAGCAUUGAUGCUAGUGAAAGUGCAAAUUAAACAACUUAACUUUGUUUAGUUUGUUCUCCGGAACCACAAAAUAAAACAUUGCUUAGUCCUAAGGAUUUUCGAAUAAGAAAACCAGCACCUUUAGUUUUGAAACCUAUGUUAUGUGAUUAAUAGGAGGAUUCUGAAAAAGUAGUAGGAUGUGAAUAUAAUUUCAAAGAUUUGAGAUUAGGGAAGAAGAUUGGUAGUGGCGCAUUUGGAGAUGUAUUUGUGGGAUUCAUUUAAGGUAAAUUUAUAGCUGUAAAAUAAAUGGAUGGUAAGUAAUUAGUGGAAUCAGUGGAUAAUGAGAUAAUGAUUUUAUCAAGAAUGACACAUAAAAAUAUAGUAUAAUAUUAUGGAUAUAUGAAAUAAGGAGGUACUUUGAAUGUUUAUUUGGAAUAUAUGGAUGGUAUAUAAUUAAGAGAUAAAAAUAGGUGGAAGUUUAUCUGAUAGAUUAAAGUAGUUUGGAAAGUUUAAUGAAACUUUGAUAAGAAGAUUUACAAUUUAAAUAUUAGAUGGAUUAAUAUAUUUACAUCGUUAGGCUGUAGUACAUCGAGAUUUAAAAUGUGGAAAUAUUCUUUCAAAUUAAAGAGGAUAAAUAAAGAUAGCAGAUUUUGGAUCAUCUUCAUGGAAAGAAACAAUAAAUUUAUCAGAUACAGAAUUUUGUUAAUCAAUGAAAGGGUAUUAAAAUAAUAAUAUAAGAGUUCUUUUAAAUGGAUGGCACCUGAAUUAUUAUAAAAAGAAAAGAAAUAUGGAAGAAGAGUAGAUGUAUGGAGUUUGGGAUGUGUAAUAAUAGAAAUGGCAACAGCUGAAAAUCCAUGGUAUAUUAACAUUAUUAUAAGUAUUAGGCCAAAUAUAAAGAGUUUAGCUUAGUUAUUAGAAGCAGUUUAAAAUUUGAAAUGUCCUCCUAUACCAACUCAUCUCUCAAAAGAAUGUUAAAACUUUAUAAAAAGAUGUUGUACAUAUAAUAAAGAUUAAAGACCACAUGCAGAAAUAUUAAAAGAAGAUCCUUGGAUAAAAAAAGAAAUUUGA